AAGCUGAGCGUCACGGUAUCAGUGCAUUCAACAUCUAUGAGAGACAAAGGGCAAAAUGUUCUGCCAGAGUUAUUUCAGUGUUUUCGUUUCAUGCAUGCUCCUCGUGAUCAUCCAGCCAGGUGGUGGGUCUGAGAUUAUUGGAGGGAAAGAAGUCGAGCCACACUCGUUGCCUUUCAUGGCCUAUGUGGAAAGCAAAAAAUCUUUCUGUGGAGGGACGUUAAUCCAUCCACAAUGGGUCCUGACUGCUGCCCACUGCAAAGAUAUGAGUAAAGUGACGCUGGGAGCACACUCGAUCAAGAAAAAAGAAAAAGCUUCUAAGCAGGCCCAAAAGGUUGAUAAAUGUUUUCCUCAUCCUGACUAUUACCAGGGAUCCAGGGAGAAUGACCUCAUGUUGCUCAAGUUGAAGAAACCAGUAAAGCAAACCAAGACAGUACAAUGGCUCCAGUUAGCCAGAGUUGUCAAGGACCCUCCAGCUGGAAGCAAGUGUCUGGUUGCUGGAUGGGGAAAAACUGAAAACAAGAAAACAUCAGAUGUUCUCCUGUCUGUCAAUGUGACUGUGGUCAGUAGACAGACAUGCAACUCUCGUGAUUAUUACAACCACAACCCAGUUAUCACCAGUGACAUGAUAUGUGCUGGUUCAAAUAGUGAAAAACAGGCUGAUACCUGUCAAGGCGAUUCAGGAGGACCUUUUGUGUGCGAUGGCGUGCUGGUUGGCGUCACUUCUUUUGGAAGAGGUUGUGGUAUCAUUAAAAAACCUGGAGUCUACUCGUUUCUCUCAGAGAAACGGCUCAAGUGGAUCAAAAAAACAAUGCAAUCCUCAGAAAUGUUAUGAACCCACAGGUGUCAAUCCAUACAAGCUGAGCAAGAAGCAAAUCUUUUCUUUGAUUAUAAAUGUCCAUGCUUUUAAUGUAGAUUGCUUACUUGACCAUUAUCCAUUUUAUCAUUUCAUAUUCUAUUUUCUGAUAUUUCAGUUUCUGUUAGCUUGAUGAAAUUCUCUUUCAUCUAUGAAAAAUGUUUUUUGAGCAUGCUCUUUUAUGUUGAUUUUUUAUUCCAUCUAUCUUUGCUUAAAAACCCCCAUAAGUUUGCGGGGAAAGCCUUGUGGAGGAGACAUAAGGACCCAGAAUGCAGGCAAGGCUGAGAUGUGAGUGAACUUUGUUGCAGGAGGGUGACAUACAACCAAAAGUGAGGGUGCAAAAAACAGAAGUAAGAAAGACUCUCAACCGAGAAAACUAAUGAAACAAAACUCAAACCUAAAUUUGCAGGAGAACAUGGGGAAAGAAACACAGAAUGAAGCAGGGCGGUAAGACAGCAUGGAGGGAGACAGACAGACCAGUAACAAGCAGGAUAAAACACAGGGUUUAUAUACAGACAGGAGCGAUCAGGGAAUGAGAAACAGGAGGGAGACACAGCUGGGGUAAAUUAUACAUAACGAGAAAGGGGAAGCAAAACUACACUCACUGCAUGUAGGACGGGGACUAUCAAAAUAAAACUGGAAACGAGACAAUUAAAAAGACGAGGACUUGACACUGAGAGACAGACUGAAAGAAUAUGACACAUGGAGGAAGACAGUGACUUAAACUAGAAACCAGAACAGCAAAUAACAUCAAGAGAACACUGGGAAACACCAAGGACCAUGACAAUAAGAUAUUUUUAUAAACCUUCUACUUCAUAAUAUAGCUGGAGGCAUUCUCUCUUUCUUUCAUUGUUUGUAACUCUGUCAUCUUUUUACUCCUAUACAUACACCACAGCAGACAAAUGCUAGGUUUCUAUACAGGAAGAGUGCACAAUUUCCCCAAAGCCCACUAGACUAUGACUAGGACUAGGACUUACUCAGCGUGCACAUUUUCAGAGGACAUGCCAGUACUACGUUCAUGAUCUAUAUAUAUCAUAUAUGCCCCAACACUCUUUCAAUUAUCAUUUCAAGGCCUCUUUUUUUCCAAAUAACACAAUGUAGUUAUUAUUCAUUAUGAUACAUUUGACCACAGGUGUUAAAUUAAUAUUCAAGGUUUUAUUGUUUCAUGUGUGGUGCAACACCAUGUGAUACAUAGCUACUAAUCAAAAAGUGAUGUGUUAUGUGGACCCAUGAAUAUAAGUAUUGAUACAUUUGCAGAGGAGCAGGACAAGUUGACUGCAGUAGAGAGCAGCACAAUGAUAAUUUUAUUCAUAAUGAAAUCGAUUUUGACAGGAGCUUUCUAAACCAAAGUUAGAAGGUGCUUCACUUAAUUUACCAAAAACUGAAUUAAAAACAUUAUGAAGAAAAUGAAAAUUCAUAACACAAGAAAAUACACAAACAAAAAAAGCAAAUACAAAAAAAGAUGAAGAAAGCAGGGAAGAAAUUUUGAGAUGAGAAAUAUUCUACAAAAGCCAAUCUCUACAGGUGGAUUUUUAAAAUUUGAUUUGAUUGUUUUCCAUAUAUGUGUAACUGACUGUGCUCACCUAACAGUAAGAGGAUGUUUGUGCCACAGUCUUUUAGCUAUUAGAGUGAAAGCACAGUCCACCUUUGCUUCAAGUAUGUGAACUGUCCAGCUGUCCAGUUAGAGUCUGUUGGUGAUAGCGACCGAGUUGUGGUCAGAUGUCUACGCAAAAUGAUUGUGGGCAAUAAUCUCAAAGUAAUUUGGGGCUUUUUAAAUAAAAUAUAUUUAUAUUAGGGGCUUUUAAGGAAUAAGGUGCUGUUAAAAAAGACCAGUUGAAGACAUGUAGUAAUUGUUCUCAGAUCAGAUUUGAAUCCAGGCUUCUGUAUCAAUCUUUUGGCAAACAGGCACUGUUUAUCUUGCUAAAGUGGCAUCCUAUUUUUUGAACUUAUUAUCAUUUCUUUGAAUUUGUCUUUUUCUAGUAUAAAAUUAUUUUAUAGCAUAUAUUUUAUGAUAUUUUAGUUUUUGUUCACAUUUUUUAUUUAUCUAUUUAUAAACUCUGUACAUGUUAGUCCUUUCCACUUCAGGUAUCAGAUGGCACAAACAUUAAGAGGAGUGAUCCCUUAAAAACCAUUUUAGCCUCAGACACAGUCACUGUAAUUGUUGACGCAUCAUUGUUUGGCAUUUUUGCUGUUGUUACUGCAGUAACUGCAUAAAAGUGGACGCACAUAGCUUCCAGACUUGAAAGCCAAUCCAAAAGUGCUUCAAACCUGCAUUUUUUCUGAUGGCCAGCAGGCGGUGACACCUUUGUUUACAGGGGCAAUUAUCAGUUUGUUAGUGCAUAUAUAUAUUCUUAAAUUCCUGUAUAUUUUGUUAUACUUUAAGGAUGUUCAGUUUAUUAGACUGAAUCAUGUUGGAAUGAAACAAAGUUGUCAUG